AGAUUAGUGUUGAUAGCACACCUGUCAUGGUCUAAUUAUUUUGUCUAUGUAAAACUUUUCGCUAAAUAAGUGUUAUUUACAAACUAGGCUAUAGCGAAGCAUAAUAUAUAAACAAGGCUUUGAUUAAUCUAAUUAAUAUCAACACUCGUCAAAUCGAACUAAAUUACAAUAUGACAUAUAAUAUUUGAAAUAGUAGUUAACCAUAGACAAAAAUAUUUAUUUCCGUCUUGUCCUUUAACUUUUUACUGUCAAUUGAAUAUAUGGUAGAUUGAACAUUUUGUCAACUUUGAUAACAGUUUUGCAACUUCAAUUUAUUAUGGUUAUUUAUGAUUGCUUAAAAUUUACUCAUACCGAUUGCACUGUCAUUUAUUUCUAUUGUAGUUAAUUCGUCUGUUUGACAUUCAUAAAAACACUUGUUGCAGGUUUUUGCAUUUGUAAACAUAUAUAUCUUAAUUUUUUAAUUUCUUAGUUGAUAUUUAUAGCUAAUAGAUUUAAACAAAAUGCCCCGCAAUCAACCUGGCAAGAAUGCUUUUUAUUACUUUAUGUUGGAAUUUAGAGAUCGGCAUGGAAGAUCCUUCAAAAAUAUGAAAGAAGUUGCUGAUGCUGCAGGACCACAUUGGAAAAACUUAUCCAAAGAGCAAAGGAAACCAUAUGAGCAACAAGCUUCAAUUGCAAAACAAAAUAAGAUCUCUAAGUUAACUUCUGAUGGACAAGCUGUAGAUGAAUUGGAAAGGCAGGAAUAUUUAGAACAUCUUAAGACACAAGAAAUGAAAGAUUAUAUAAAUGAUACUAUGCGUUUAGCUAGUGAUAAUGGAAGAAUUCAAGACGAGUUUUUUUUUAUCAUCCAUAUAAAUACAUUUUGCUAUUGUGCAAACAUAAAUCGCUAUAUACCAGGUGAAAUUGCCAUUACUUGCUUCAGUUUAGAAGAUGGGGUACAAACUCAAAAUGUUUUCCAUAGAAUUAUAAAGCCAGGUAUAAUGCCUCUAGGUUACGCAAGCGAAGCUAAACUGAUAUCCGAACAAACUCACCAAUUGCCUCUGCCUUCGUCUGCAGAUGAGCUAAACAUAGAAGAAGUAUUCACAGAAAUGAAAUUAUUUUUAUCAAACAAGCUUUGUGGAUCGAAACGCUAUCCUCCUCUUUAUGUAGACGAAAAAAUGAUGAAAAUGGUACAGAGUAUCUUAGAUAAUUGGUGUUAUGAUUUCGGCGAAGAUAGACCUCUGUUCAAAAUAUAUAAUUUACAAUACAUGUUUAGAAUUCUAAGGAAUACUGUAGCCAAUGAAACGAUAUAUCCUUCUGAUACUUACAGUGCAAGGGAAAUAGAAAAAGAUGUCUAUGCCUACACGGCUGGUAUUUGCUGUGAAUAUCAUUCAGUAACUGAUAAUUUCAUAUACUGUAGUCGUUCAAUAACAAUUAGAUAUGCAUAUAUAAUUUGUGAUAACUGUUGUGGUGAUCUACGUAUUAUAUUAGUUCCUGGUGCUCAUAUACCAGAUCAAGCAUUGACUCCUUUUACUGGUACAAGGUCCAGUUCUAUUUCUAGUUUAGUUUCUAGGUCUAGUAAAUCAUCAAAAUUAAAGACAUCCAUCCGUGACGAUGAUUCUGAUACUGUUAUAUCAUUUUCUAGUAAAUCGGAAUGGGAUAAUCAAUCUAUUGUAUCAGAUUCGUCUAAUUUAACAUGUGACAGUGAAUUCCCCAAUUUGGGGCUUAAAAAAAAGACAGUAGUCACGAACUCACAACCACAUUUCUCUUCUGGGGAUUCUUCAGACCAAUAUUCAGGUAGAAGUUAUGCUGGAGCAAUGAGCUCUAAGGGAAAACCAGCGAAUUUCACUUUUAGAGAGUCCGAUGACACAAGUUCAGUUGACUUAAAUCUAGAUUUUGCUAUUGGACGUGGAAGAGGUACUAAAUCGUUUUCUAAUAAUAUUGACGAUUUUCCUAAACUUGGUGGGGGAGGUAGAGGUAGAUUAUUAAGAAAAGGUAAACAUACAAAUUAAUUGGAUUUUUUUUGUUUCUAUAUUUUUGAUUAACAGAGAUAACUUCAAAAGUAUAUCAAUGAUCUAGACUACUGUCUUGAUAAGAUUAUGCUAUAAAUUAAUUACUCAUGAUUUAAUUAUAUAAUUUCUCGUACAAUUUCUCCAUUAUGAUAUUUUAAUUGUUGGUAAUAAUAAGGACGUUUAGUGGUUUUUCUUAAUUAGUACUGUGAAAUAUUAUAAAACUAAAUCUGUAUCAUAUUUUCCCCAUUCAAGAUAUAUUUAUCCACAAGCUGUGGAUUGCACUACAGUUUCUUCAUUGUCUGAUAUGUUCUGCAAAUGUAUUAAAUAGAAUCUUUAAACAAAAUUCUGAGAUACUUCAAAAUACAGAAUGCAGUUGCCAAAUAGAAAUGAAAUAGUUUUAAAACCCACCUUUUAAUCAUGAGAAAGUGAAAGGCCAUCUUGGGUUAGAAAAAGGGUAAACAGUAAAAAUCAGGAUGGAGGAGUCUCAAAGGGGCUCUCAGAUUGCAGACUCCAAGAACUGGUAUAUAUAACGUACCUUAAACGUUAGCGCAUUUGGAGAAACGGGGUGAGACUGGAUCGAUCGAGCAUCAACCUCAACACCUCGUUCUCAUAUUUCAUAUUUCUGGACCACAAUGACAAAUCUUUACAAAAGUGCUGUUUUGAGCAUAUAAGCAUUCUCAUGUUUCUUUGAGCUUAAUAUGUAAUUUAUGACUAUUGAGUUUUUUUAGAAGGUAUAAUUUUAAGAAAUAUCAACUCUUAGUAUAUAUUCUAAAAGCCUUAUUUUCAUAUUUUGAUUUUGUCAGAAUAAUUCAUUGUAUAUGUAAGUUUAAUAUUUGGAAAUAUUUGUAAUAAUCAGAUAUUAUUAAUUUUUUUUUGUAUUAUUUGAUUUAUUUAUAUCAUAGAACUGUACUGACAAUAGUUAUUUUAAAAAACUGUUUUAUUUUCCAGUAUUUCUAUUUUAAAUAAUUAUUUGUUCAAUUGAGGUACUAUGUUUUAUUUUUUUAAAGCAGAAUUGUAGAUUUUUAUCUUAACGAUAGAAUUUUUAUACAUAUGAGGACGUGUUAGAAAAGAUUUUUUAUUUACGCAAGUUUCUAUUACUUUUAAACAAUGCUCAUGGUAGUCCUCUUGAGUAACUGUAAAUCGGGUAGUCUUCAAUUAGUAUACCAUUAAAUCGGACGGUUAUAGCUUUUUUGAGUUCCAAAAUGAAGUAGUUUUAAGACACGUUUCAAUUUCGAUAAAAGCAGAAAGUCAUAAGGAUUGUUGUUAUUUAGCAAUCCUUCCAAUAAGAUCAAUGCACCUGUUUCAUCUAAUAGAAAAUUUUGAUAAUUCUAUCUUUUGGGUUACAACUCUCCUAUGACCUUGACCAAUAAAUAUAUAAUUUCUGGAGUCAUUCUGAGCAUGUCUAUGUAUUUUUAUAUAGGGUGCUCAUGCCUCUUUGUCAAAUUUUUUUUCUUUCGUUUUUUUAGUUUCAAUUUUUCAUAAUGCACGAUCCUAUGCUAUUAUAUCUUCAGCUCACUGUUCCCAUCGGUCUAGUGGGUACAAAACUACCCUAAUCUAAGAAUAAUUCUAUCUUUUAGGGUACAACGUACAACUCUUUUAUGACCUUAAAAUACAUGUACUCCGACCGAUUGUCGCCCUUAUUUACUGAGGUUGCUCGUCAGUAUCCAUUAGCUAUCGACGACAUAUUACACCUAAACUAAUUCUAUUGUACAUAUGCAAUUAUACACAUAAAUAAACACACAAUAUGUUCUAUGCUGCACCCUACCAUAUAUCCCAAGGUCAUAGGAGAGUUGUACCCUAACAGAUUGUAUUUCCAAAACUUUUGUUAAGCAAUUUUUCCCAUAAGUCUGUUCCAAUUUUCAAAAGUCACACAGGUUUGCCAAAACUUGGUUGUACAACAAAAUACAACUCCUCUGAUGGCACUGGAGCUGUGAGUUUUAUCUUGAAGAGUAGAAGAGAACAGGCUGGUACAUACAACGUUGCCAUAUGUUUUGCCAUAGUGUUUUAUUACUUUUCUCACACAUCUCAUAUAAAUUAUAGAUUUUGAUAAUAAUCUGGAAACUUCUUGUCGAGUUGAAUUACAAGACUUUUGUUUAAAAAUGUUUUAAACAUAUUGUUUGUUUGUUUUGAAGUAAUUUUUUAAGUUUACAAUUAAUAUGAUUAUUUUUAUUUUCUUAUGUGUACUUUUCAAUACUUUUGUUGGAAAUAAAUGUUUCUUGAUUUUU